UGCGCCGGGCGCCGUGACCGGGGAGCCCGCGUGCUGGGCGGUCGUGGGCCGGGCGGAUUUACAGCGGGCUCUGGAUUCCCUUUGGGGCGAAACCUGGAUGUGGUUUGUUCCUCUUCCUACGGGCGGGCGGCCGGCCGGAGAAACCAGCCUGCGGGACUGAGCCGCUGGGCGGCCCCAGUGAGGGGCCCCUGGGCAGCUGCGACUCCUGCUUGGCCGUGGGCAGAGAGCUGGGGAGCUAACCUGCCCACUCCGGACCGCUGCAGUGCCAGCGCCUCCACCUCUUCCAAGCGAGACAUACAAUCUUGAUUUGAAGAGUCCAGCUGACAGAGAAUCCACCACAUCUUUCAGCUCUUGCCAAGUAUCUGCUCAGUGGUCUAGUGAGGUGACUGAAACAUGAGGGCCUUGAGAGCGACUUUAUUUGGAAGUUCAGAACUUGGGAGCUCAGAUUGCCUUGUCUAAAACUUUAAUGAGCAAGUUUACAAUUUGGAGCUUCACUGUUGUGCUGGGUAGAACUGAUCAAUCCAGCUCCAACUGGCCUCAACAGCUCAAGUUCUUGCUCAGGAUGGAUGGCCACCUCAGGGCCUGCGUGGUGCUGCACCAUGAAUCUGAAUGGAGAAUGCAUUACUUCAAGGACUCCAUACGCAAAUGAAUCACUAAUGAAAGAGCAUUGGAGUCCUGAAAAGACGCAGAGACUGGAACAAGUUUAACACUCAACUUGAAGGUCAAUUUAAAGUUUGCUAUCUUUCUUACAAUGGAAAGGCUGGUUAUCUAUCUAUUGGUUAUUAGCACUGCUGUGAAGGCUAUGAUGUGUCCAAAGCGGUGUAUGUGUCAAAACCUAUCUCCAUCCUUCACCAUCCUCUGUACGAAGACUGGGCUUCUCUUUGUGCCCCCCAGCAUUGACAGGAGAACAGCAGAACUAAGAUUAAUGGAUAACUUCAUCACCACACUUAGAAGAAAGGAUUUUGCAAACAUGACAAACCUUAUUCACUUGACACUAUCAAGAAAUACAAUAAGUCAAAUCAUGCCUUAUGCAUUUUUUGAUCUUAAAGGCCUUCAUGCAUUACAUUUGGAUAGUAACAGACUGACUUGUAUCAACGAGGAUCAUUUCAAAGGUUUAAUUAAUCUUCGCCACUUAAUACUCAGUAACAAUCAAUUGAACUUUAUUUCUCCUGGAUCUUUAGAUGACUUUAUUGAAACACUUGAGGACUUGGAUCUAUCAUAUAAUAAUCUUGUUAAUAUUCCUUGGGAUACAAUUGGAAAGCUUUCUAAUGUCAAUACAGUCAGUUUGGAUCACAACCUCAUUGAGUUUGUUCCAGAAGGAAUCUUCUCAAAUCUUCACAAACUUGCUCGAUUGGACAUGACAUCCAACAAAUUGAAAAAAAUUCCCCCUGAUCCCCUGUUCUCCAGAAUCCCCGUGUAUGCUAAAUCUAAAGGGUCUCCAUUGUCCUCUCUGGUGCUUAGCUUUGGAGGGAAUCCUCUACACUGCAACUGUGAAUUAGUGUGGCUGAGACGCCUUACCAGAGAAGAUGAUCUAGAAACAUGUGCCUCACCACCAGAAUUGAUGGGCAAGUACUUUUGGUCCAUUAAAGAGCAGGAGUUUGUCUGUGAACCUCCAAUGAUAACACAUCGAACGCCAAAACUGGUGGUUAUGGAGGGCCAGAGUGUCUCUUUGAAGUGCAAAGCAGUUGGUGACCCGGAUCCCUAUGUUCGCUGGAUUUCUCCCGAGGGGAAGUUGGUCUCCAAUACAUCUAGGACAAUUUCCUAUGAGAAUGGAACUUUGGAUAUUUUGACUACUACUUUGACAGAAAAAGGUACAUUUACCUGUAUAGCAUCAAAUGCUGCAGGAGAGUCUACAGCUUCUGUUGAACUUGUUGUUAAUCCUUUUCCUCAUCUUGCUAACAGUACCAACUGUGAUAAAGAUGCUGAGUCUGGGCCUUCAGACAUUCUUAUAUCUGCUAAAUCAAGUUUCCCUAAUGAAACUAAAGCUCAGCAAGAGAAGAAGGUUGUGGUUGCUGAGCUGACCUCAUCCUCUGCUCUCAUACAGUGGCCUUCCCAGCAUUAUAUUCCUGGAAUACGAAUGUACCAGAUUCAGUAUAACAGCUCUUCUGAUGAUAUACUAGUUUACAGUGCUGAUCACAAUACAGAGGAAAGAAAAGGUCCAAUCAGAUCAUGAAGAUCUGCAUAGU